AGCAAAGCAACGCUGUAAUAGCACGGUUGAAUCAUUGACAACCUUUUGGAUCGAUUGCACCGUGACUUCACCUAACAUGACAAGAGCAGAAUACGGCAGCAACAGCGUGAAUGUCGAACAUAAUGAAACCACGAAUUUGAUAGAUAAUGAAGGCUUCAUGAAAUCCAUGUCCGAAACCGACUCCAACGGAGGCGCCAGCAAUAACAAUUCUUCCGAUGACCUCUAUGAAUCGGAAACUUGGAGAGAAUAUCUGCUCUCUUGGAGAUUCUUGGAGCUAGUACUUUGCGUGGUUCCUGUCCUUUUGAUGGGGAUGUACUUCGAAUUCGUCAACCCCGAACCGAUGACGGACCGACCGAUACCCUUUCAAUACGCAAAGGGGGGUUCGACGGCCAUGGUCGAAGAAGGCAUCGAUGCCUCGAGUGAUUUUCAUCGUUCCGAGGGUGGGGAUGAUGAAUACAAAUCUUACACCAACAUUAUUUGGAGGUCUUCGAACCUCGAAGAGAACACGGGCGAGACUGUUUCUCACGUUGCGUAUAUCGUAUGGAUGGGAUUUGCUCCUUGGCUCUUGCAAGUUUUUAUGGCCUGGUUCCUAGCUCCUCAGAACCAACGAAGUCUAAAUGGCAUUGUGAACAAUUUUUACCGUUGGGAUGUCGUUCACAGGACGACCUGUGUAUACUUUGCUGCGGUUGGAUUGACGGAUGCCGUCAUCAAUUUUGUCAAAUAUUACGUGAGUGAUCUUAUGCUGCCGAAUUCUCGGAAAACAUUAUUUCUCCAUACAUUAAAUUUUGAUGCUUGUUCUAGCUCUUUUCUGUUCGUUCGCGUCGGAUCGAUUUUUUCUCACACAAAUUCUAUUUCGCAAAUUCUUGAAUUUUUGGAACAGGUUUCGUACCUUCGCCCCGUAUUUUUUGACUUUUGCCAACCAUACUACGACGACAAACAAUCCGAGUUCCGUUGCUUGGAUGAGGAAGAUGCAGACACUAUAAACGCUCGUCUUAGUUUCCCAUCGAACCAUUCUGGAUGGAGUUUCUGUGGAAUGAUGUUAUUUUCCAUGUAUCUGGAACGCAGGUUUGGCCUAAGCAGCAUUUCGAAUGAGAACAAUCGUUGCGCUAUCAAUAAUGGUCCCUCGAAUUCUCUGAAAAAAAAAAACAAUUCACCACAAUCUAGCAACACCAAUUCCAAGAAGCAGCAACGUCAGCGACGCAACCGAGAAGCUAGUUAUCGGCUCUUAUCGCUCCUCUGCUACUCACCAAUGCUCAUUGCCGCUUUUAUCGCAGCAAGUCGCGUAGUGGACAACAGGCAUUUCCCGGCAGAUGUCAUUGGCGGGUCGGUGAUAGGCGCAUCCACAGCAUCGCUAGUCUUUGGCAUUUGGUUUCCGCAGUGACUCAAUGCAUGGUCAAUUCGUUUUGUUCAUUGACUAAGAACAAGGAAUAACCGCCACAGAUGUACACGUAAAAUAUUUCAUGCACCUUUCGCAUGUUUCUAGGAAAUAAGACAUACAAUAUUAUGAUAUUUGAAUAACUAAAUAUAUAUUUGUUGU